GUGUGCUGUUUAUUAUCGCCAAACAAUAGAAAACAGCCGACUCAUACUUUUUAACUUGGGCGGUCCACACCGUGUUUUUAUUUUCAGUUAGUUCAGUGAGUAUUUUAAGGCUCGUCACGCUGGCUAUAUUUUAAGACUUAUUUAUAAUAUUGUCUUAUCUAUAGUCUAUAUAUAUUAGUAUAAUUGUGACAAGUAUUUGCUGUGUUAAUUUAGGCUUUAAUGUACAAUCCAAUCUCAGGUUUGUAAUACAUUAUAGAGUAUAUGUGAUAAAACUACGACUAUCUAGAAUCAACCAGAAGCAGAAAGAAGAGGAGACAGGAUGGAAAUUUACCAGUACCCAGCCGGGAGUGGCCUUUGUUCACCAGCAGAGGGCGCAGUGACCGGCGUGCCAUUACUCACGUCUCUCCCUGUUCAUGAAAUUCUGUAUCCACCCAUUCUGAAUACUGUUUUUAGUAUUGAUUGCCUAGACAAGUCUGGGCAACCUCCUUUAUGUAACUAUUUACUUAGCAUAGCUAUGCGCCAUUGAUCAGCAACACCCUGGUGUGGGAAAUUCGACCCCACCCUUGCUGAAUGAAUUGAUCUCUUUCAUGGUUUUAGACAGGAUGUGAACCAAGUCAGGACCAUUAAAACGUUAGAAAGAGAGGGUUUGUACAUUUACAUGUGAAAAGCACGUCAAACAAAUUUUUAAUCAAGGCUGAUAAAAAUUGAUUAUCAAUUACCGUGAGUGAAUCAUUCUGUCUAAAAACGAACUGAGAAGGAUCCAUUGUCAUUAUAAGAAGCGCUGCUGUGUAAGAAAUAGAGUAAAAAAAAACGAUCACAGCUUCUGUGUCACAGUAGCCUAUAUUUAUAUCACAAUGCUGAUUGAAGUAAGGCACAUUCUAAAGAAACGUUUAUUCAAACAACCAGACACAGUGCAAUAAUUAGUGUAUUUCAAUACCGGAUGAAUGAAUUGAUUUCAUGAAGUUAAUGAAAAAAAAAACUGACAACAUGUAACAAUUAUAAUAAUCACAACCUAUAGCUGUGACAGUAGAAGUAGGUUGAUAUAAUCAUCAGUUCUCAGCUAAAUGAUUGUGAGAAACUUCUAAUCAAAUGAGAAAUAUAAUUUUUGUAUAAUAAUAACUGUAGCAGUAAAAACAGAUUAAACAAAGCAGGUGAUGUAUAGAAUGUAGAGGAUAUAAACCUGACGUUGUAGUGCUGGACAACACAAACAUAAGCAAAGCCCAUUUUACAGUUUAUAUCAGUGGGUUAAGUAAACUCUGUUAUAUAUCCUGCGCCACAGGGCUCAGUUCGAUUGUCCCCUGCAUGAGGACAAAGGUCUCGCUCUUUCAUCUGGUUCAUUGAGCAUCCAGUUGUUACAUCAGGCGUGAUGCAGAGUCAAACCACCAUCCAGGAAUUCAUACAUUCCUGCUAACGAGCUGUUACUCUGUUAUUCGGUGUCCUGAUGCCAAGAGAGACUAGAGAGAAUACUCAUAGGUGGAUAGGAUAGAUGAACUAUCAACAGCUACAUGCACCUGUACAAUGGCUGUGAAACUGAAGUGAAGAUUCCUGCAGCUGACGUUGACAUACAGGCUGUAGCUUUCCAGGACGGGACAUUAUCCGAUGAAAAAUUAGAUCUGCAGGGCAGAGCAGACCGCCGGUACCAUCACGGAUUUCCAUCAGGGCUACUUGCAUAGUGGACCUAACCAGGAAGGCAUUAACGGCCUACUACCGGGGAAGAGACAAGUGAUGGAGAAGUUUUUUAAGCCUGUUCAUAGACCUUGUGCCCCAGAUGAGAUCAAACUGAGGAAACACCAUCAUCAUCUUCACCCUUACCAAGAACCUAAGUUCUACAGAUACACGACACUUGAUGAAACAGACAGAAAUGUAGAUCAAAACCAAAGGCACCAGUGUUCCCAGCAGCAUAGAGGCUCUGACCACAAUGGCCCCCACCACACUACCUACCAGCGUCAUCAAACACCAAUUCACCACAGUGAGGAGAGUGAAGUUCUCUAUAACCACCCUACUCCUGUAACACUCUCGGCAGCCUCUUCCUCUUCGCUUUCUUCAUCCUCUUCUUCAUUCUCCUCUUCCUCGUGGUACACAGAGGCAAGCGCAAAUGAUCCAUUUUCCCUUCGCCACGCAGAGCGGCCACAGCAUUCCCUGUCCUGCUCCAACAUCGCAGAUGUGCCCAGAGGUUGCCGGGAAGAUGAGAACAGCGAGCCAAUUGCCUUUGCCUCCAAUAAACAUGGCAAGAAAGACAGCGUGUGUAGUGAGACACAUGCGACCAUGCAUCCAAAGGGAAUGCAUGGUUUUCCCUCUCUUGACCGAGGCCACAGCAGAAGCGAGGAGGGACUUUUGCAGGUUAACGUAAGUGACCGCGAAAAGGAACAAUCCAGAGCACCGCGUAUGAAGUACGGGCCCCUGUAUAAGACAGCUAGCCUGAACCGAGGGUUGGAGUUUAGUGAACAGGACGCUCUGCUGGGUGUCUCCAGAGGCCCCAAGAGAGCCGUGUCUUCUAGCCAGCUUCCCAGUAAAGGCAUCCUCAAGAACAAGCAGCCCCAAAUUGACAUACGUAAAACUAAGUCAAUGGAGGUGCUGUCGCCAAGAGUUCUCAAAGAACAAGCUCCGAGUGCAGAGAAGGGUAAAGGGGUUUCUCAAGCCGAGGUAGAGCAAGCCAGGGUGAGGUUUGUGCAGGGAAAGGUGCAAUUUUCAGCCUUUUUGGAUGAGAUAACAAAGCAGGUGAUAAGUCCGUCAGAUCUCACCAUCUUGGGUUUGAAAAACAAUGAAACCAGCGGGAAGACACCUGGCCCUGUCAGGCCCCAGCUCCCACCCAAGAAACACAGAGAGAGGUCAGAGGAGGCCAGAGAGCUACAUCCAAAGCAACCCAGCAGACAGGAUAAAGCAGCCGGCAGCAGCUCUCGGAAACAAUCGGACUGCUCCAAUCCUGAGAGCGUGAUCUCGUGUGCACCAAGGAGCAACCACACAAGCCCCUCGCCCCAUCGCUACCCCAACUCUGGCAGCCACAGCGCCCACUACGGAGGAAGCCGGAGGGACCGGAGACCGUCGCCCACGGGAGGCUCUGUCACAGGAGACAGAUAUAGGCGGUGUGGCUCUCACCUCACUGAUGACACCAGCACCAGCCCUGAACGCGGCCAGUCCAAACAACGGCACCACCGCAAACAGCAGCCCGCCCUGCCCCACGGUACUCAGGCCCAGCGCCUCCCUCAGUACCCGCCCCAGCAGGUGCCGCUAGGCUCCGGCCACAGAGGCCCCGCUAGGUCCCCGUCGUCUGGAGCCCCGGGUGCCGAACCGGGCCUCAGGUCUGAGUCCUCAUCCUCAAAAUCAGAUUCAUCCAGGACCAGAGACACAGCCUCUACGGCCACCAGUUACAGCAGUUCAGAGCAGAGGGGUCGGCACCAUUAUAAACAAAGUAGGGACACACCGAGUGAUGCUGAACGUCUUCAUGCACUGCAGGAGGACAACGCUGAUCUUCACCAGAAUUUGCUGCAGACAGUGGUUUGCAUUGAGAGUCUAGAGGCGGAGCUGCAGAGAACCAGGGACGAGCUCAGUCACGUCAAGGAGAAGUAUAACAGCCUCCUGGAGAGCCACACUGGGACCAAGCAGGCCAAUAACCUGCUGGGGGAGCAACUGCACGUAGCGUCGGAGAGUCUGAGCAGCGAACGAAAGCACCUAUUAAAGCAAGUGUCGCAGCUGAGCUCCGAGCUGGAGGACGCCCACAGAACCAUCGCAGCCCUGGAGAACAUCAACGUGCCGUGCUUGAUUAAGGGGUUACUGGAGAAGCACUUUGACUCAGCUGAGGCCGUACAGAGGUUUCUGUCUGGCUCUGCUCCAAAAAGCUAUUCUGCUACCUCUCCACAAGCAGACGGCCGAUCACACCCUCCUGAAGUUGGGAGGGAAGCACACGGCUGGCUGGCAAAGUCAGAGGCAGGUCUGCAGAGGGCCACGGCCUUCGUGCCCUUUAAGCAGGGGCCGCCAGCACCAGGAAGCGAGCCCUGCCUCGCGGAGCAGCGCGAGUCCUGCUACAGCCCCCCGUUCUCCGUGGCUGACAUCAGCAGCGCUAUCUGUAACAACAUGGCCGACACGGCACAUCCUGCGUGUCCCCGGAGCCGGCAGCAGCCGCCCCCGUGCGCGGACCACGCCGAGCCCCCGCUGGAGCGCCGGCAGGGUGACAGCUGGGGCGGGACGGGAGGGGUCAUGGUGUCGCUUCUGGAGCAGGAUGUUGUGGAUGUGACCGCCAUGUCAGCGCAGAAAAUCCUGGAUGAGUUCAUGCAGCAACUGCAAGCCCAUAAGGAGGUGGGCGGAGGGAAGGCGCAGCAGGGCCGGCAGGGGCUGGUGAGAGGAGCAGAACAGGCAGGAAAGGUGGCACAGUGAAAGUAGCAGCCAAGAACAUGGGCAUUCUCGUUUUGUUGGUGGAUUUGUUCACACAUGUAAGCUUAUUUUUUGCCUUUAGUUCAGUAUUUCUUUCACCCCAAACUAGAAUAAUAAGUAAAAAAAAUAGUAGAACCAUCAUUAAAGGAGAAGCCUUUAAACUUCUGCAUUAAUAGUUAACAAACCAAAUGUAAAAGCAGUGUAUUAACAACAAAAUAAAAAUGGAACAUGCAUCAUCAUUAUUAAUAUUAUUAUUAGACAUUAGAUUAUUUAUCUAUUUAACUGGCAUUUACUGGUUGUCAACUGUUUGGGAUGUUUACACGUUAGAUAGAUUAUUGUUCAAGCACGUUUUCUAGAUACAGUUCUUCUUUACAGAAGUGAACUCACCAACUGCUCAUCACAUUUCCAACGUAAUGGUACAAUAAAGACAAAGCUUCCAAGAUAUAAGAUUGUGAGAAUUUCUUUAUUUCUAAUAAGUUUUGUGUUAGCCAUGAGCGUAAUCUAGUUUAAUCCAAUAAUAACUUUACCCCCCCCCCCCCCCCCCUCUAAUCAAACACCCAUUUAAAAUGCUAUUUAAAAAUUGUAUGUGAAAUUCAAUUGUAAUUUUAGAAAAAAAUAUGUAUAUGUAUAUAUAAAAAUAUGUAUGUAUUGUGAUAUUGUGAUAUUUUACUGCAUAACAAUGUUACUGUAACCAGUUGGGUCUACCUCUCAUUCAUGCACACAUCCCCUCUGAACUGAGCAGUAAUGAAUGCUACUGUUAAAAAAUUCACUGGUAGCUGCGUCAUUACAGCUUUUUCCGCAAUUAUAGUAUUUAAUAAAUGCAGAUUAUUUACGA